GAGACACAAUUAUUACUUUUUGUUCUGUUUUUUUUUUUUAAUUUUUCUUUUUAUUUUUUUCUUUAAUGUAAAACCCAUUUAGGGUUAUAACAAAGCAAAUAGCCUCCACAGUCGAACAAGUGACGAAGUGAAACCACAUCAGCAAAACUGCAGAGGCGUCUCCACCUUCAGGCUGCGACCAGUCACCUCCGCCGAUUGCCGACACCGCCGUCCUCCUCCGCAGCUCCGCCUCCGCCGAAAGGCUUCAGUUUGGUUCACGAUUAUCAUCAGCGAUUAAGUCAUAUGAAAUUGGAGUACCUAAAAAAGUGAACCCAGUGAAAAAAAUUUCUAGAUCCGCCACUGCCUUGAGGUAUCAAAAUGUCAGCCGGAUCCGCCUCCGGCAAGAGCUUCUCCGCCGCUAACGCCGGCAUGACGGUGGAGGAGUGCGAAAACAUGAUCCAAGGAAGCCUCAGAACUCCAACUGUGAAGUUUUUACGGGAGCAUUUGGAGAAAAGUGGUUGCGGUAUUGCCCCCAAUUUCAUCAGGGCUGUUAACUGCAGCCAGCGGAUGAGUGGUGGAUAUUCUCGUGGAGAAGGGAUAGUGGUGUGUAGUAAUCAUUUGACUAUUCAAGAUGAGGUCACUCAAGUGGUUAUCCAUGAGUUGAUUCAUGCGUAUGAUGACUGUCGCGCCGCAAACUUGGAUUGGACUAACUGUGCUCAUCAUGCCUGUAGUGAGAUCCGUGCUGGACAUCUUAGUGGUGACUGCCACUAUAAGAGGGAACUGUUGCGGGGUUUCGUCAAAAUAAGAGGCCAUGAACAAGACUGUGUGAGAAGAAGAGUAAUGAAGUCAUUGGCGUGCAACCCUUACUGUUCACAAGCAGCCGCUAAAGAUGCAAUGGAAGCCGUUUGGGACACGUGUUAUAAUGAUACGAAACCAUUCGACAGAGCCCCUUAACGAGAGAAUUCUAUGCUUUUGAGCAACAUAAUUUCCGGCUCAUAAACUUUACCAUUUUUAUUCAAAACAAGUUAGUUCUGAGACAACUGAAGCAUCAACCCCUAAUAAAAACCCAAUAAUCUUUCUUUCCCUA